UGUUAUCAAUGCGAAAGCAUUGGUUUGACUCUGUCAACGUAGUUGGCUAUGUUGCUGUCAUAUCAAAGAUUAUAAACAAUAGGAAAUGCGAUACGUACUACCAAUAAUUUCUUGUUAGAGAAGAAAGGGAGGAGAGACUUGUGGACAGUUUUGAGUCUUUUGACAGUUUUCCUUAUGUUCUGGUAGCGUGUUUAGUGAAAAGUGGUUGUUCAUCACAUAAAUUUUCUGGCAAAUCGGUUUGUGUUUCACAGACAUGGAGCAAGAAAGAGUUGAGAAAGCACGUCAUAUUGUGGUGCUGGCAGAUCAGGGACAGGGCCAUAUUAACCCAAUGCUCCAAUUCUCAAAACGCCUGGCUUCCAAAGGAAUCAAAAUUACUGUAGCCACCACGGUCUCUAAUGCCAAGGCCAUGAAAGCUGCUUUAUCGGACUCCAUGAUCUCUUUGGAAUCCAUUUACGAUGAUUGCUCUGAGGGCGGGGUGGUUGGUCCUGGAGGUUUCAGAGGAUUUCUAGACAGAUUCCAGACCCGUGGCUCAACAAACCUCACUAAAUUCAUCUUGGAUCAAGAACAAACUGAACACCCUGUUAAGUGCCUUGUUUAUGAUGCUAACAUUCCCUGGGCUUCCAAGAUAACAACUCAAUCGGGCAUAGCUGGCGCUGCCUUUUUCACUCAGUCAUGUGCUAGUGCUGCUACCUACUAUCCCAUGUAUUGUGAGGUGUUUGAAAAGACUCCUCUUUUCAUGCCUAGUUUUCCAUUCAUGACAGGAUUGCCAAAACUCAGGUUUCCGAAUCUGCCAUCUCUCGGUUCCAGCACUGGUCGGUAUCCCCCAAUAAUCAUGCACAUGCUUGGCCAGUUUGACAACUUUGAAAAGGCAGACUGGGUCCUCUUUAACUCCUUCGAUAAGUUGGAAGAAGAGGUUGUCAAUUGGAUGAAGAAGCUUUGGAAUGCAGUAACGAUAGGUCCAACUUUGCCAUCAUUUUAUCUUGACAAACGAGUUGAAAAUGAUAGUGAGUACGGCUUCAAUAUUCAUCAGCCAAAUUCUAGCAACUGUAUGGAGUGGCUUGACAAUAAGAAGACUGGUUCAGUCGUCUACAUCUCUUUUGGCAGUGCAGCAAAUUUGAGUGCAGACCAAAUAACAGAAGUAGCUGAUUCUCUCAGGCAAAGCAACAUUAUGUUCUUAUGGGUGGUGAAACCUUAUGAACAGAGUAAGCUUUCAAGUGAUUUCAUCAAAGAGACAUCAGAAAAGGGAUUGAUUGUGACAUGGUGCUCGCAGUUAGCAGUACUAGCACAUCAUGCAGUGGGAUGCUUCGUAUCACACUGUGGAUGGAACUCAACCUUAGAAGCAAUAAGCUUUGGUGUGCCUAUAGUUGCAAUGCCUCAAAUUUUAGACCAAACAAUCAAUGCGCAUUUUCUGGAGAAAGUUUGGGGGGUGGGUUUGAUAGCUAAAGCAAAUGAUGGUGUUACUGCGAGUGAGGAGAUACACAGGUGCAUCAGGGAAGUUUUAGAAGGAGAGAGAGGACAAGAAAUUAGAAAGUGUAUUACUAGCUUGAAGGAGCUGGCUAAGGAGGCAAUUGACACGAGUGGAAGUUCAGACAAACAUAUUGAUGAGUUCAUUUCACAGCUUGAUCCAGCCUACUUGAGACAUAGAUCAAACUAAUACUGAAAUCGUAUAAUUUAUCUGACUUGUGUUGUGAAGUAUACUCUAUUUUUGCUUAAACGGUCCUCAGAAGGUCACCAUAUUUCACCAGAAUUUCAACUUUUUGUUUGUAUGGUGAAACAGUGAAAAGGUUACCAGAUUCUUGUUCCCUCCAUAUGACCAAUGUCCGUAAUCAAUUCACCGAAACGUUUGGAGAUGGUAUUUUAGGUAAUAUUGACAUUACCAAAAAAAAAAAAAAAAUGAUUUAAGGAUAAAUCUAAUUUUGUUGCA